CUCCCGCGGUACGCCUGAGGUUUCGGGCCUCCUGGUAUCUAGAAAUCUAUCCCAACCACUCCGAGCUCGCACGCCUUUAACUGAAGAAAUUACUCCACCGUCAAAUCUCACCCGCCUGGAAAUCACCCAGAGCCACUCAAAUCCUCAAUAUGGCUCAGACGUCACAGCUGAAUCAGGCUUGGCGAGAGGGCAUGGCGCUGUUGAUCAACAAAGAUGUACGACCUUGAGUGAUAUAAAACCCAUCCUUUGAUGUCUUAGGUACCUUCUCUUCGGUCGAUAGAUCAAUGGUGAUGCUCCAUCGAUACUAAAUAAAUACUCACCUCGCCAGCUCAAUCACGCCUGCAAUACUCUCUUCACCAUCCCAACAGACUCUCUUUCAACAUGGCUCGAACCAUCUUAAUCACAGGAUGUUCUGACGAAGGACUUGGAGCUGCUCUCGCCACGGAAUUCCAUAAAAAUGGCGAUCGCGUGAUUGCCACGGCACGCAACCCAGCUAAAAUGAGUGUUCUCAAGUCCCAGGGCAUCGAGACCGUGACCCUUGAUGUGUUAUCAGAAGAAUCAUUCAAGACCGCCGUGGAGGAAGUGUCACGACUGACCAACAACACGCUCGACAUGCUGAUCAACAACGCUGGCCUCGGAUACUCGUCACCUCUACUGGAGGCCGACAUGGCCAAGGCCGAGGCCAUUUUCAAAGUCAAUGUCUUUGCUCCUUUUCGCGCCGUCCAGGCGUUUAUGCCUCUACUGCGCAAUUCCACCAAGGGCGCGUUCGUGGUCAACAAUACCUCGAUCGCCAGUGUGACGCCAGUACCGUUCCAGGGAGCCUAUGGAGGUUCCAAAGCCGCUAUUGCCUCGAUGACCGAUAGUCUCCGUUUGGAAUUGCAGCCGUUCAAUAUCCGAGUCAUUGAGUUGAAGACCGGCAGUGUGACCUCCAAAUUCUUCAACAAUACCAAUGGUUUUGUCGGCACGAUGCCCAAAUUGUCGCCCGAGUCUAUCUACCAGCCUGCAGCUGAGUCCAUUGAGCGCUUCAUGUGCGGCAGUAAUCUGAAGUCUAUGCCUUCCGACGUUUGGGCCCGAAACGUCGUCAAAGAUCUCAGUGUCUCAGAUCCCCCUUCGCAGAUUUGGCGUGGCGCGGAAACUACAAAGGUCUGGAUGUCCACUUGGUUGCCCCAUGGCUCCAUGGACGGCUUUUUGAAACAAAUGACCGGUCUAUCUGAUCUAGAGAAGAAGCUGAAGGACGACGGCGCAAAAAAGACGAAAUAGGCAAGGAUUCAUUCCAUCAGUCAGUGUUAGCGGUGUGAUGUGAGAUAGAUGGGUAAUGAUUAGACACGUUUUCAGCUCUCCAUUGACAACACUCAAAGUCAUGUUCUUCAGCAACCCCGUGAAGUUCUUGUGAUGCUACG